GGUCUCCGGCGGUGGCCCCGGGGCGGCGCUGUGGGCGGCAGUCGGGGCGGCGCCAUGUUAAGAGCCGCCCUCCUCGCCCCCCCCCGCUUUCGGCUGCUCCGGCACCGCGGCCCGCCAGCGCCUGCGAGCCCCCCGCCUGCGCCCGAGGUUCCUUAUUUUUGUAUAAAGAUUGAGAGAAGUCAACCUGCUGAGAUUAUGGCACUGAAACAGAUUUCCAGCAACAAAUGCUUUGAGGGUUUCCAGAAGGUGUUUGAACAUGACAGUAUAGAGUUAAAAUGCAAAAUGAGGUUUGGAAUCUAUUUACCACCAAAAGCAGAAAUUGGAAAGUGUCCUGUGCUGUACUGGCUCUCAGGAUUAACUUGUACAGAACAGAACUUUAUUACCAAAUCUGGUUUUCAUCAGGCUGCAGCUGAACAUGGCCUCAUUGUAGUUGCACCAGAUACCAGUCCACGUAAGUGUCUUCAGGUUUCAUGAUGAGCCUUCAGCAUAUAAAUGUUUGCUGCUGCUUAUCCCCAAAGAAUAGAAGGAUUCAUGUUACUACUGAAUGUAUUGGUGUAAUUGUAUCUGAAUUUGGAAUGUUCCAUCUGUAGGUUCUAUAGAUUAUACCAAUUUGCUGAAUUAUGUGUUUAAUAUAUAUUACAUGAAUUGCAAUUUUAGAACUCCACUAUUAAAGCCAUUUUAAUACAAAUGCCCUAAAAUUAAGAUAAGGGGGCAGUUCAGGUCACACACGGGC